AUGGAAGUAGGGCUCUACAUACGCGAUUACAUGGACGACGCCGAGCGGCCCAUGCACCAGCAGGUGGAGGAAGCCGCCGAGGUAUGCCGCCGCGCCAAAUCGCUGGGGUUUUCGGUCAUCUACAUGCCCCAGCACUACAUAUCGCAUCCCACCGUCUGGAUGCAGCCGAUGCAAACGCUGGCGCGGUUGGCUCCCGAUGCCGAGGGCUUGAAGCUUCUGACCGGUAUUCUGCUGCUUCCCUACCACAACCCGGUGGACAUCGCCGAGCAGGCGGUAACGCUGGACCACAUCAGCAACGGGCGCUUUAUUCUCGGAGUAGGCUUGGGUUACCGGGUAGCGGAGCUUGCGGCGUUCGGGACCAACCGCCGGGACCGGGUCAGCCGAUUCGAGGAGUCAAUCGAGUUGAUGAAGCUGCUGUGGAGCGGGGAGGAGGUCAACUACGAUGGGAAGCACUGGCAAGUGCAUGACGCCAGGCUGUCCUUGGCCCCGGCGCAGGAGCCGCAUCCUCCGAUCUGGAUUGCGGCGCAGAGCCGGGGAGCGGUGCGCCGUGCCGCGGCCCUCGGCGACCGGGUUAUCCUGGGACCGCAGCCGGGAUGGAAGGACAUUAGCGUCCUGACCCGCCAGUACAAAGGGGCGCUGGAAGAGCUGGGCAAAGACCCAGCCGGGCGUAUCGGCGCCCACCGCUCCAUCGCCAUCGCCAGGGACCGCGAAACGGCCAUCACGGAAGCCCGGGAGAUGGCCGCCAAGAAAGCCGGCAUGUAUGGCUCCUUCAACAUGCAGGAAAAUACCACGGUGGAUCUGGGACUCGGAGGGCAGCGGGAGUUGCCGGACUGGGCGGUGGCCGGCAGCCCGCAGGACUGCGCCGAGAUCAUCAACCGUUGCCGGGAAGAGGACGGAUUGGACUACAUCGGCCUGGCCAGCCUGAAUUUGCCCCGGGAAUUUCCCGCCAGGUUGGACUACCUACAGCUGAUUUCGGAAGAACUGCUGCCGCACCUGCAAUAA